CCUUCCCGCCAUCCCUCCUUCCCCCAAUAUGGCGCUGCUGAGGGCUCUACCGAGCUUCUCCGGUGACCGCGCGGCGGCCACCGCACUCCGCACCAGGCCGCUUCGGGUUUCCUUGCGCUGGCGGGGCCGGUCGCUCCCAGAGGCCUCCCAGGUUCCACCAAUUUUAAAUCGACCCACGUGGCACAGCUCAGGGAAAUGCUAUACAAGACAACUAUUAGAUGCUGCGAAGCAUCUGCAGGGCUGGUCUCAGAUAGACAAAAGAACCUGUUGGCACGGACACGCUGGGGGAGGCCUCCAUUCAGACCCCAAGAAAGCGUUGAAAGAAAUAGAGGGUGGAAAGAUCCUCAAAGCAAUGGUCUCAUAUGUCUGGCCCAAAGACCGGCCUGAUCUUCGUGCCAGAGUCGCCAUAUCGCUGGGAUUUUUAGCGGGUGCAAAGGCUAUGAACAUCGUGGUUCCCUUCAUGUUUAAAUAUGCAGUAGACAACCUCAACCAGCUGUCUGGAAAUGUUCUGAACCUGAGCGAUGCACCCAGUACAGUUGCAACCAUGGCAACAGCUGUUCUGAUUGGAUACGGCAUCUCGCGAGCAGGCGCAGCGUUAUUUAACGAAGCCAGAAACGCCGUCUUUGGGAAAGUGGCCCAGAAUUCCAUCAGGAGAAUAGCCAAAAAUGUCUUCCUCCACUUGCAUCAGCUGGACUUGGGCUUCCAUCUGAAUCGGCAAACUGGAGCGUUGUCCAAGGCCAUCGACCGAGGCACCCGCGGCAUCAGCUUUGUGCUCAGUGCGCUGGUGUUUAAUCUGGGGCCCACCUUGUUUGAAGUGGCCCUCGUGAGUGGGAUUUUGUAUUAUAAAUGUGGUGCACAUUUCGCACUUGUAACCUUGGGGACAUUAGGAGCAUACACGGCAUUCACAAUAGGACUUACACAGUGGAGAACUAAAUUUAGGAUCGAAAUGAAUAAAGCCGAUAACGAUGCAGGCAAUGCUGCAAUUGACUCUCUGCUGAAUUAUGAAACUGUAAAGUACUUCAAUAAUGAAAAUUAUGAAGCCCAACAGUAUGAUGGAUUUUUGAAGACCUAUGAAAAGGCCUCGCUGAAAACUACCUCAACUUUGGCUCUGCUUAAUUUUGGACAAAGCACUAUAUUCAGCAUUGGAUUAACGGCCGUGAUGGUGAUGGCCAGCAAGGGGGUUGUUGCAGGUAACCUAACUGUUGGCGAUCUGGUCAUGGUGAACGGAUUGCUGUUCCAGCUUUCCUUACCCCUUAACUUCCUGGGGACGGUAUAUAGAGAGACGAGGCAGGCGCUCAUAGACAUGAACCUAUUGUUUACGCUGCUUAGCAUAGACACUAAAAUCAAGGAUAAAGAACUGGCUCCACCCCUGCAGAUUACACCACAGACUGCUACCAUCGCCUUUGAUAACGUGCAUUUUGAAUACCUUGAGGGGCAGAAAGUCCUCAGUGGCGUGUCUUUUGAAGUCCCUGCAGGAAGAAAAGUGGCCCUUGUAGGAGGCAGUGGGUCAGGGAAAAGCACAAUUAUAAGAUUGUUAUUUCGCUUCUAUGAGCCUCAGAAGGGAGGGAUUUAUAUUGCUGGCAAGAAUAUACAAAAUGUCAGUUUGGAAAGCCUGCGGAAGGCUUUAGGAGUUGUCCCCCAGGAUGCUGUUCUUUUCCACAACACCAUCUUCUACAACCUCCAGUAUGGCAAUAUCAAUGCCUCUGCAGAAGACAUCUAUGCGGUGGCAAAGCUAGCCGGAAUUCACGAUGCUAUUCUCAGAAUGCCCAAUGGGUACAACACCCAAGUAGGCGAGCGAGGUCUGAAACUGUCAGGAGGUGAAAAACAGAGGAUUGCAAUAGCCAGAGCCAUCUUGAAGAAUCCUCCCAUUAUUCUCUAUGACGAAGCCACUUCGUCCUUAGAUUCCAUUACAGAAGAGAACAUCCUGAAUGCCAUGAGAGACAUUGUAAGGCACAGAACAUCCAUCUUCAUUGCACACAGGUUGUCAACCGUGGUUGAUGCUGAUGAAAUAAUUGUCCUGGAUCAGGGCAAAGUUGCAGAGCGUGGCAAGCAUAUUGACCUGCUUACCAGCCCCAACAGCCUCUACUACGAGAUGUGGCACACUCAGAGCAGCCGGAUGCUGAACAGAAGCACCAGUGAGAGGUGGGAGGAGAGAAACCAUCACAUGUCCAAAGAGGAAGAAAGGAAGAAACUGCAAGAAGAAAUAAUCAACAGCGUGAAAGGCUGUGGGAAUUGCUCCUGCUGAGUCUGAGUCUAAAUCCACCCCCAGUUGAUGCCAAGUAAAGUUUGCACUGAAGCUGCAUUCAACCAAGUACACCGUGCCGAGAUUUUGUUUGCUUUUGUUAGUGGGCUUUUCUCCAUGAAACCAGAUCUUGGUGGCCAAAGGAUUUUAUAUUUGCUUGUCAGUGAGGAUUGGUUGAAACUGACCCGGACUGGUUCAUUAACACUUAUAUUUGGUAAUAAUCUCAGACAAGGUGCAAAUCCACCUGGAAUUGUUUUUAACGUGGCAGAAAAUUGCUAUAACCUGGCCAGAAUCAAAUUAUCUGGCAUUCACUGUUAAGGUGUUGCAUUCUAAUGCUGUUCCUCACUACUGCAGAGUUUAUAUAUGUUUUAACAGAAAUCAAUUAAAUCAAGUAUGUAUAUUCAUGGGGAAAAGGAUGCAGUUAAUAUUCUUUAGUUGUUGCAUUUAAUAGAGUUUGUAUCCUUUUAUAAAAGAGCAUCAGGUUUGCAGUUCAAUGCAGAGACAUUUUUGCCUCAAUAUUUACUGAUUUUCCCCAUUAGAAGUACAUAUUUCUGCAAGGACUAAAUUUUCAGUGUUAAGAACAAAAGAGAGCAUCUCAAAAUCAUCGGUGCAUCUUUCAAAGCAAAGUAGUAAAGGCUGGUUCAUCUCAAUUCUGUAAUCAUCUGGGAACAGCACAAGGAAAUGUUUCUAUUAAAUUCUAAUGAUAAUUCAAUACAAAUAUUGUUAGAAUUAUUGUCUUGCCAAUAAGUUGUGUUUCUGUAGCAAGGUACAGAGUGUCUUCAUUCUCAGGCACUAUUCGGACUGCCUUUUGUUCGGGCUCAGUAUUGAUGAAGGAAAUGUAUUGUUUUGGAAAAGUAAUUUCAGUUGACCUUGACAUUACUUCAGUACAGAGAUGAGUAACUUUUGCUGUGCCCUGCAAAAUAAACCCCUUUAAUAGGUGGUAACAAAAUGGAAAUUGGGAGUUCAUUCUUCAACUGGAUAAGUUACUGUUUGAUGGCAUUAAGUGGAAAAAGUCGUGGUGCUUAAAAA